AUGGCCGCCCGUCUGCGCAUUGCCAACGACAUGACGGCGCUCAUUGGCAACACGCCACUGGUCUAUCUGAACCACGUGACCGCCGGCUGCGUCGCCAAGAUCGCCGCCAAGUGCGAGUUCAUGGAGCCCUGUGCGUCGGUGAAGGACCGCAUCGGUCUGAGUAUGAUCCGCGACGCCGAGCGGAGCGGACGGCUGACGAAAGCGCACCGGAUCGUCGAACCCACGAGCGGCAACACCGGUAUCGGCCUGGCGUUCGCUGCGGCGGUGCUCGGCUACAAGCUCACGCUCGUGAUGCCCGACACGGCGUCGAUGGAGCGCCGGAUUCUGCUCAAAGCCUUUGGCUGCGACGUACUGCUGACGGCGGGCGAGAAGGGCGUUGCGGGUGCGCUCGCGAAAGUCGAAGAACUGGUCGAGAACGACGCGGGGAAAGCGCUGACGCUCGCGCAGUUUGAGAAUCCCGCGAACCCGCAGAGUCACUUUGAGACGACGGGGCCCGAGAUCUGGCGCGAUACCGAUGGACAAGUGGACGUGUUCGUGGCGGGCGUGGGGACGGGUGGGACGCUGUCGGGCACGGCCAGAGAGCCCCGUGCUCUCGGGGGGAACCCGUCGCCCCACAAGAUCCAGGGCAUCGGCGCGGGCUUUGUCCCGGGCGCGCUCGCCCGCGACCUGAUUGACGAAGUCGUCACGGUCAACAGUCCCGCCGCGUUCGCCAUGGCCAAGCGCUUGGCGCUCGAAGAGGGCAUGCUCGUCGGUCCGUCGUCCGGUGCAGCUGUGGCGGCCAGUCUCGAAGUUGCCAAGCGUCCCGAGAACAAGGACAAGCUCAUUGUCACGAUCUUGCCGAGCUUUGGCGAGCGCUACUUGUCGUCGAUGCUGUUCGAGAACGAGCGCGAGUUUGCCGAAAACCUACGCACAGUCGAGUAA